CUAGGUCAGGUGCUCGGGGUGAAAGUAUGGCAUCUUUUCGGAUCAGCAACACCCACAAGCUGAUCUUCUUGGUUUUUGUGAUAAUUGUGUUGAAGCUCGCCGCAAUGCUCAAUAAACCUGCAAAUCUCAUCAGUGGAUCUCAUACAGUUAGAAAUCUUACAGAAAAGGAGUUCCUUGAUAUGGGGUUUGACUCAUCGCAAAACUUUGAUAUUGAUGAAAAUGCUGAAGUCAACAAAAAAGUCACUGAAGAAAUGAAAAUUAUCAUAGAUAGACUAAGAGAUCAGAUUAGACAAGAAACUAAAGGAUAUAAGUUACCUUCAAACAGAGAGGUGGAAUCCCUGAUUCCAGAACGAGGGGGCACCCCUAUGAGGAGUGUAGUUAUCACGACCUGGCGCUCGGGGUCUACAUUCAUCGGAGGAGUGUUGGACAGUCACCCUGCCACCUUCCACUUCUCCGAGCCUCUCACAGACUUCCGCACGGUGCAGGUGAGGGGAGAGCCUCUUGGCACUCUGGCAGUCAGAGCACUGCGGAGUCUGCUGACUUGUAACUACAGAGUGUUAGGUCGCUACCUAGAGCGCAGUAAGGAGUACACCUGGUUAUCCACUCACAACACCAGACUAUGGGCUCAUUGUGAGAAUCAUAAGGACAUUUGCUACGAACCUGAAUUCCUCACUCCUGUGUGUAGACUCUUUCCUUUCCAGUCUAUGAAGGUGGUGCACAUCCGGCUAAGACUGGUGGAGGAGUUGUUAGCUGACCCCAAUCUGAAUGUGAGAGUCUUGUACCUGAUGAGAGACCCACGAGGUGUGAUGAGCUCCAGAGCAUCUCUAGGCUGGUGUCGCAAGUCUCCGGACUGUGGCAGUCCCACUCAUGUCUGUGCAGACUUGGUAGAUGACUACGCUGCUGCUCUGAGGUUUGACAAGCUCUUCCCUGGCAAAUUCAAAGUGGUCCGGUAUGAAGACAUGUCACUAAGACCCCAUGAGGUUAUGCCCGAAAUCUUCAGCUUCUUCGGUCUUCAGUAUCAUAGGGAUGUGCAGGACUUUGUCAAAGUUCACACGACGCAAAACAACAAGAAUAAAUACAGCACGUUCCGCAACUCCUCAGCCCAGGCUCUGCUGUGGAGGACCAAGCUUGACUACAGGAAGGUCAGACAAUUGCAGACGACGUGUAGAUUAGCGAUGGCUGCUUGGGGUUAUCUACCGGCUCACAACGCCUCUCACCAGGCUGUCUUCAACCCACUGGUACAACCAUUUAGUCUUACGUGAAUCAUCUCAAGUUAGUUGAUCCUUCCGUAUUUAUUGGAUAUUAGUAGCUUUACUGGAGCUGAAAAUCCCCUAAAACUACCAUGAACAACCACUGAUUUUUAUACUCUAUUUCUAUAAUAAUGGCAUUGCCUUAGAAUAUUUUAGAUACACCAUAGGCUCCUCUAAAACAAUGCCGUGGCGUUGGUGUGGGGAAACGUCGCAACAUCACGCCUAUUGCCAUGUAAAUAAAAAAAAGUGAAAACUAAACAUUUCCUAUACUGUCCACUAUAAAGUGCAGCAGCUGUUUCGGUUAGAGGGGACAGCCAGGGUUGCCACCUUUGGUUAGGGAAAAAUCGGGACUUGGCCCACCAUUAAAUUAUUUCAGUAAAAUACAAUGUGAAUGGCUCACUCCUUCAUUCAACUAUGUUCUAUGGUUCUAUUUGAAUUAAAAACUGGUCCCGUUGAAUGGGAUCAAAAGAUAACGGUACCAUUAAUUUCACA